AUGCUGGCGUCACUGGUACUGGGCAUUUCUGCUGGGAUUCACGGGAGUGACCAUGGCCUUCAAGAAGGAAAGUGUCUCCAGAGCAGGAAGAACAGUGGUCUUACAGACGCCAGCAAUGGCAACCAUGCCUUCCGGAUACCACACUCACACCAGGCGGACCAGCCGGCCUCCCGGCCCAGGCUGCCAGGAGCUCCUCCCACUUAUGCUACAGAGCAUCGCGAACCCCGGCCCCGGAAGGAAGGGCCACCCCCGAAAGCUGUCCCUGAGUCAGACGGUGAAGGAGCGUCUGGAAUAAGUGGGGACAGCAGUCCUGCUGGGUCGGGAAAGCGGUGCCCUAGGCAGCUGGUCUUCACGCCUCUAGGUGCUGGCCGCCACCUCCAGAGAGGAGCACCAGCUGGGUUUGGAGGGUGA